ACGCUCUCUAUCAUGUGACAGGGGUGUGUUUUGUUUUUUUUUCUCAUCACGUCCUAUUUCCCAAGCAGGCCCAGCCAAGACGGCUUCCCUUAGGUAUCCCUCUGGAGAUGGUAACCAGGGCAGAGAUGAGCCACCCCCGUAAGGAGCGAAGAGGGGUCCCCUCGGCUGGCGGCUCUGCGCUCGAUAUGGACACCGCGGUAGUGAUUCUGGGAGCCGGGGUGACAGCCCUCACGCACCCGCUGCUGUACGUGAAACUGCUCAUCCAGGUGGGCCACGAGCCUCAGCCACCGACCGCAGGGAGCAACCUGUUUGGGAGGAAGGUUCUGUACCUGCCAGGGUUUUUCUCCUAUGCCAGGCAUAUAGUCCGUGUGGAUGGGAAGAGGGGUCUGUUCAGAGGCCUGUCCCCCCGAAUCGUGUCCAGUACUGUCUCCACUGUGGUGCGCAGCCGAGUCAAACAGGUCACACCGAUCCCAGACAUGGAGCACGUGUCCAACAAGGACGACAUCAAGACGUCCCUCAGGAAGGUUGUCAAAGAGACCUACCACGAGAUGGUGGUGCAGUGCGUGGCCCGGAUAUUCACCCACCCAUUCCACGUGAUUUCUGUCCGGUGCAUGGCGCAGUUUGUUGGGAGAGAAAUGAAGUACAGCGGCUUGUUCAGCUCUGUCGCAGAAAUCUUCCAACAAGAAGGGAUCUCGGGUUUCUAUGUGGGGUUGGUGCCUCAUGUCCUGGGAGAGAUCAUUUUCCUCUGGUGCUGCAACCUGCUGGCUCACUUUAUCAACACGUAUGCUGUGGAUGACAAUUUCACCCAGGCACCUGCAGUCCGAAGCUACACAAAGUUUGUUAUGGGGAUCGCUGUGAGUGCACUUACCUACCCCUUCCUGCUGGUGGCAGACCUGAUGGCUGUGAAUAACUGCGGACUGCAGGCUGGACUCCCUCCUCACUCCCCUGUCUUCAGAUCCUGGAUUCACUGCUGGAGGCACCUGGGGGCCCAGGGUCAGUUGUUUCGAGGGUCCAGUUUCUUCUUUCGGCGCGUUCCACUGGAGAUGGCAGCUUUAGCAGUGGAGUGACCCUCCCCCCCCCCCCGCCUGAAUCGAGGCUUCACAGGGCAGCACAGGGCAGCAGUGUGGAGUAGUGGUUAGGGCUCUGGACUCUUGACCGGAGGGUCAUGGGUUCAAUCCCCGGUCGGGGACACUGCUGUUGUACCCUUGAGCAAGGUACUUUACCUAGAUUGCUCCAGUAAAAAACCCAACUGUAUAAAUGGGUAAUUGUAUGUAAAAAUAAUGUGUUAUCUUGUAACAAUUGUAAGUCGCCCUGGAUAAGGGCGUCUGCUAAGAAAUAAAUAAUAAUAAUAAUAACUCAGCACCUCAUUCACAGCAGCCGUGAGAACAGCACUGAACAGCUACACACAUUUCAACCUGAGCCUUCUGCUUGCUGUGGAUUCCAGCUGUUUGGACACUCUUUUCUGUUGUGAUUAUGUUAUGUUAUUAUUGAAAGAACAGGACGGUUUCUUCAGAGCAGUAGGUCUUUCUUUUCUGUGGUUUUUUUUUUUUUUUUUUUUAUUCUAUCUGGGUUCAUUGUAUUGACUUUGUUUCAGGACAGUAAUAUUAACUUUGCAGGCAAGUAACUUUGAUUUGAAACCAGAUUACUUCCAUGAUGUCGCACGCAGCAACUGUUUUUAGAGGAUCAUGAACUUAAAAAGUUAUAAACAAAACACAGAAUUCUAUUUUUAAGCUUGUAUUUUAUUCAUAAAUAUCCUUUAAGCUUUUUGGGGUCAUCUACUUCUGUUCAGUGGUGCCUGUUGGAUCAAGACUGUGAGGACGAGAUCGUAUUUUUACUAAUUCUAACCAAGAACAGUUUGUUCUAAUGCAAAUAUUGAACAAUACUGACAUGUCGAUUUCUUCUUUACUGCUCCGUACUUAAAAGCUGCGUUCGUUUCACUGAUCUUUUCGACUCCUCAAUCUCACAGGUUCUCAGAUGUAUUGAUCGAUUGAUUGAUUGAUUGAUUGGACCAGGGACACUAACAUUUACAUCCUGAGGUCCAAACACCGUAUUUGCAUGCUUCUCAAGGAAACAGUGCUAAAUGGAUAGUGUGUCUGUUUAGUUUUUGACCCAUGCAGGGUUAUCUGCGUUAGUGCCCCCCCACACACACACAAACUUGAAGAUAAAGUGUGUGUGGCUUGUGAAUAAAACAGCAGGACAGUCUUUGAGGUUGAUUUCAAGGUAUAAAGUGUAAAUCCUGCGCUGAAGUGAAGCGAUGGAGAGUUACAGCUGACACCUGCUGCCUGACUUCAGUGUUGAAGGUCGCUGUUUGCUUGCUAACUUGUCUCGCUGCAAUUGUUUGUAUUAAUUGGGAGAGGGCAAUAAAACCCUUGGCAAAAUGCA